UCAUCUGGCUUCAAUGUCCACAGAUGUGAAAAAUAAAUAGACAAGACUUUUUACAUCUGGCUUCAAUGUACCAGAAGCAUAACUAAACGCGGUGGCAAUCUUGUAAUUAUGGAAACAAUAUAUAAGUCAAUUAAGAGUAAAAAAAAUAAAUAAAAAAAAGACAUAUUCGUUCAACUCAGAGUGAACCCGCUGCUCUCACGAUGAACCCUAAACUAUCUAACGCUAAAUUCAACUUCUCUCUCACUCGAUUCAAUCGUUCAUCACGAUCUCAAAUUCCCUCUCAUCUCUCACAAUUGAACUCGUCCUCUCUCUCUCUCACUCGAAAUUGAACCAUCUCUCACGAUGAAACCCUAAGAUUCUCAGGCGAAAUUGAACAAUCUCUCACUCGAACCUGGCCUCUCUCUCUCUCACACUCGUUCUCUCGAACUCCUCAUCUCAGAUUCGCCAAAACUUCAUCGCCUUCUUCAGGUUCUCAAGAUUCGUUCAAGCUUCAGGACUCCAUGGUAUGGGUGGAAGCUUUGUUACCAUUCGAAAAUGGGGACCUUCUCAGCACCAUUCACCAGGUUGGAAUGGUUGAGAAAGCUAAUUAUUCAAGAAGUGGUGGUGUUCAUGAUUUUACUAUGGCUUCAAGAAAAGCUGAAGAAACAAGUUGAUGACACCCUCGACUUAUACAACGAACUUCAGUUGCAACAUCAGGUGGUAGCUACAAAGACUAAGACGCUUCAUGAUGCAUGUGAUAGACUGAUAGUUGUUUUAGCACCCUUGACAAGAAAUAGAUCCUACGGCAAAGUUCCUCAAUCUCAUGCUAUCCUCUAUUACUCUCAGAGAGCAGCUUGUUCUAAUGGCGGUCUUCUCAUAACCGAAGCUACCGGUGUCUCUGAUACUGCAAGGAUCUUGAAGGCAUGUUAAAUAUGAAGAUUCAAGAUUUGGAGAUUGUAGAGGAACGUAGAAUCAAAAGAGCGGACAAACAUGGAAUUGUUAAAUAUGAAGAUUUGAAGAUUGUUAUUUCAUCCGAAAACGUUGUUGUUCAAGUCACUUGAUGUGUUCGAUGAUCCGACAUCAUUAACAGAGGAGGAGCUCUAUGAAUUGCGAAACAGUUGGGCAACUUGUUUUCUUGACCUAUAUAAUCCUUAGGUAGAUUAUGAUGUUGCCGAUGAGGCUUAGGAGCUAGCUAGGUUAAUUUGUGUGAUGUU